AUGGGCUCCCGGUUGCCAAGUAACCAGGCUCUGCAGUGGUUUCCUCGUUUAAGACUUGGUAUGACAGCCUCCAGCAGCAACUGGAAGUGGAACCCGGUUGUGCUCAGUGACCUCGUGGCCCGUGGUUUCCAUUCAUGCAAUUUGGUACAAGGGAAGCUGCUGAUCUUUGGGGGCCUGAAGUCGCCAGAGACCCAGGAGCCACCCCUCGGAGAUGUGGUGGCCUUUGACACAUCUCUUCAGACUAUCCAAACGAUUGCUCCUGAAUGCGGGUACCGCCGCAGCCACCACGAGGCUGUGGUUCUGGGAGAUCGCUGGCUGUGCAUAGUGGGAGGUUGGGAUGGCUCUCGAAGGGUUUCGGAUGUGUGCAGCUUUGAUGCUGAGCAGGCACAGUGGGAACGCUGGACAGCGGGAUCCUCCAAUGCACCUCCAGUGGGCUUGAGCAGCCACACCUGCACCAAGCUAUCGGACCACGAGAUGCGGGUGGUGGGCCGCGAGGGUGGGCUGCGUACACAGCGGCGUUAUGCCAGUAUCUACACAUUGCAUGUCAACCCUGCCACCAAGACCUACUGGUACAGAGAAGAAGAAUCUCGCACUGCGUCUCGAGCCGGGCACUCUGCAAUGCUGCUGCGCGAUACCGGCUCUGGAGGAAAGAGCAGCGGCUACAAACUCAUGGUGUUUGGUGGACGUGAUUCUGCUGACUGUGAUGUGGCUGGACGGUGGGGAAAAGGGAAAAUUCAUGUCGAUUCUGUCCAUGCUCCUGAGCUGUCGGAAAAGAUCGGCCGUUUGGUCAGCACCGUAAAGGGAUCCCAGCAGGCUCCCAAAGGCUUGCGGCACCAGUCCUGCACUGUAGUGGGUCCUUUUGCCAUCAUCUUUGGAGGGGAGACUUUAUCCAGAGGCAGGGAUGCUGUUUGCAACGACCUCUACAUCCAUGAUACACGGUCUUCACCAGCAACCUGGUACCACUUUCCUGGUUCCAGCCGAGCCCAGAAGAGAGUUGGUCAUCGCACCUGCCUUUGGAACGACAAGCUCUACCUCGUUGGAGGGUUUGGAGCAGAUGGCAGAACCCCAUGCCCAGAGAUCUGCACUUUAGAUAUCUCUUUGUGAAGUCAAUGAUCCCACGUCGUUCAAGCGAACCGCCAAUCUCAAGUUUGCCAAAGUGCUUCCCCCAGCUCAGCAGGAGGAAGGUUGCCCUUUGUUUACAUGAAAUAAAAGCCAACCUCUCUCCUCGCAUACAGAGCUUGUCAAACAAGCUUCUCCGGUCUUUCCAUAGAGGAGUGGGGAGCAGGGCUGAUCCAACUGGCUGACCAAAAAGAAAAUGCCUUGUUUAG